CACAGGACAGCCAGGAGGAAAGCUGGAAGUACUAAAAGGGGACCUCUCCCUUGGAAGUAAGAAAGGAAGAGCUUCAGCAGACAAGCUUCCCUGCAGAGGCCAUGGACUGCUGGAAGCAAAAGGAAAGCAGCACUUGGACUUUCCCCACCCUGAUCCUCUGCCUCUAUGGAUUCUUCUCCAUGCUGAAACCAUCAGAACCUUUCCUAACACCUUAUCUAACAGGACCAGAUAAAAACCUGACCACAGAUGAGGUUACAAACCAGGUUUUCCCAGUUUGGACAUACUCCUACCUUGCACUCCUUCUCCCAGUCUUCCUCAUUACAGAUUAUGUGCGCUACAAGCCCGUCCUCCUCCUCCAGGGCACCAGCUUCAUUGUCACGUGGCUUUUGCUCCUCUUUGCACGUGGAGUGGUGGCAAUGCAGAUAGUGGAAUUCUUCUACGGGAUGGUGACAGCCACCGAGGUUGCCUAUUACGCCUACAUCUACAGUGUUGUCAGCAAUGAUCACUAUCAGAGAGUGACGAGCUAUUGCAGAAGUAUCACUCUGGUUGCAGCCACCACCGGUGCUGUGCUGGGACAGCUGCUGGUUUCAUUAGCAGAUGUAUCCUACUUUCACCUUAAUGCCAUUACUUUGGCUUCUGUGUCCCUGGCAUUCCUGUGUUCGUUCUUUCUCCCAAUGCCCCAGAAGAGUAUGUUCUUCCACAGGAAAGAGACCUUGGAAGCUCUCCCAGGAACAAAUAAAACUGUGGCUACGGUCAGCUCCAACAGGCCACUGAGCUGCCAAGAGGACAAGAGCUCUCCAUCUGUUGACAUGGGACCAGCACCUGAACAGCAGGCUGGUAAUGCCAAGCCACAGAACCAUGUGCUCAGGGUUCUGGUGCAGCUGAGCAAGGACUUGAGGGAUUGCUACAGCUCUAGGAAACUUCUCUACUGGUCCCUGUGGUGGGCUCUGGCUACAGCAGGCUUUAACCAGGUCCUGAAUUAUAUUCAAGUGCUGUGGGACUUCAGAGCCCCUUCUCACAGCUCUGCAGUGUACAACGGAGCUGUUGAAGCUAUUGCAACUUUUCUGAGCUCAGUAACAUCUUUCAUAGUACAAUACAUGAAAAUUAAUUGGGACCUUUUCGGAGAACUGACUUUAGGGAUCUUCUCUACAAUAGAUGCUGUUUCUCUGCUUCUCAUGCACUUCACUACCAACAUCUGGGCAUGUUAUGCUGGCUAUCUCAUUUUCAAAGCAUGCUAUAUGCUCCUUAUAACAAUAGCAACGUUCCAGAUUGCAGUCAACCUGAGCAUGGAACGUUAUGCCUUGGUGUUUGGAUUCAACAACUUCAUUGCACUGAUGAUUCAGACCAUUCUUACAGUAGUUAUUGUGGAUUCAAGAGGCCUGGGACUGGACAUAGUGAUUCAGUUUUUAAUUUAUGGCAGCUACUUUGCAGUCAUAAGUGGAAUUUUCUUGAUCAGAAGCAUUUGCACGCUUGUCUCAAGCAAAUGCUAAAGGAAAAUAACAAGAUCUUAUGAAGAGCAACUGUAGCUGGCUAUAUAACAUGGCUGUAUGAGUCAGGCAGACAACCUCACAUGGCCAGGCCCUCGCAGGAGAAGAGCUUCUACUGCAGCAUGCAGGGAACAGCAAUGCAAAAUGAAUGUACAACACAGGCCUCAAAAGCUAUGCUGAAUCAUUACAGCAUUUCCUUACAACAUAUGCCAGCUAAGAGAUCAUCAUAAUAGCACUGUACCAAGAAGAAAAAGAUAAGUUGCUUUAGGUUCUUAUUUACUUAAAAUAGCUUGAUAGAAGUUAUUUACAUACAAGAAUAGAGCAGCUGUCUUGGCAUUGCACUGUGCACAAUGGCAGACAUCAAAGUUAACCCUGCCUUGCUUAUUCUAGCUCUUAUAUAUGGUGUUGGCAAGCUGCUUUCAUGCACCUUUGCUUAUGCACAAAAGUUAAGGGGCCUAUCUACCCACCAAGGAACCAAAGAAGGGGCUGUGUUUGCAUCAUUAUAUUCUUUCCUAACUACAAGCAAUUUGAUGACAGACUCCACCCUUCUAAUUUAAAAGCCAAUGUCAGAAGCAGGCAUUUUGCACACAAGGGUUCAGAAAAGCAGGGUUUGCACAACCGAUCUGAGAAGUUUCACUAAAACACUGCUAAGUCACAGUUGUUGCUCAGGCCACACUUGAAAGUCACAAGCUAAACAGUGCUAUGGACUCAGUACAAUCUCAACCCAGGAUGAAAAACUUCAGAGUCAAAACAAAAUGAAACCCCUCCCUCUUUUCCUUGUGCUCCCAGUAAAAUGAAAUUCAGGACUGAGUGUCUUCCCAUUUCAACAGCAAAAGAAAAAAAAAAUCAAAAAAGGACUGAGCAAUUGUCCUGGUUUGAGCAGUAGCAGUCAUUUUUCUCCUUCUUGG